GUUUAAGGUAAGAGAGAAGAGAAAGUCAUGUUAAUGGAAAUUAAAUGGUAAUGGUCCUUUUCAAGAACAACAUUGUCUUCUCUUUCUCGUUCUCUUUCUCUUUCUCUUGUCUUCCUUCCCCUUUUUGUUGAUUUUCCUUCUUCACUUUUCUUCCCCUUCAGCACAAACACACUUCAAAUCCGUUCUUCUGAGUUCACGAAUUCUGCUCAGAUUCUGAAAAAGAAAAAGCACCCACCACUGCUUUAGUUCAAAACCUCAGAUCUCAACUUCUGGGUGCUCUGAUUAUGCAAAAAUGAAUAUGGCAGAUAUAAUAUCUUGCUUCAAUGAGAACGCAGUGAAUGUGUCACACUCUUCGUGUUCUAGCUACUCAAACAACGCCUGCAUAUCUCCCAGUGUUACACCUUCAACGCAGAACUCGGUGACCUCUGUCUACAAAACCACCCUUUCCAACCAAAAGCAGGUUCUGAUCACGGUCACGUGGUGCAAGAGCCACUCCAACCAAGGACUCACAAUAAGCUUCGGCGAAGAGAACCCUUUGGAACCAUCUUUCAGGCUCAACACAAAUUCGCGGUUUUUCAGGAAAAAGAAAGGAAGCAAGGUCCUAGAAUCCCAAGACUCCAAGGUUGAGGUCUUCUGGGACCUGUCGAAGGCCAAGUACGACACUGGUCCCGAACCUGUUGAAGGGUUUUACGUGGCGAUUCUGGUUGAUGCUGAGAUAGGCCUCGUUCUUGGAGAAGAAGAUGUGGUGAAGAAGUUCAAAACGAGAACCCUUUUGGCCAAAGUUUCGCUUUUGUCACGGCGUGAACAUUGCUCCGGGAACGCCGUUUACGCCACCAAGGCUCAGUUCUGUGACAGCGGAACUUGGCAUGACAUUUUGAUCCGAUGCAGCGGGGAGAAUGAGGGCCUGAAAGCUCCUGUUUUGUCCGUUUGCAUUGACAAGAAAACGGUGAUCCGUGUGAAGAGGCUGCAGUGGAAUUUCAGGGGCAACCAAACGAUUUUUGUUGAUGGGUUGCUGGUGGAUUUGCUUUGGGAUGUUCAUAACUGGUUUUUCAACCCUGCUUCUGGUUAUGCAGUGUUCAUGUUCAGGACCAGAAGUGGCUUGGAUAGCAGAUUGUGGUUAGAGGAAAAGAUUGCACAGAAAGACAAAGACAGAGUUGAAUUCUCCUUGUUGAUCUAUGCAUGUAAGAGCACAUGAGGAAAACAUCUUUCACACCACACAAUCUUGUUCCAGUAUUCAACACAACUGUAUACUAAGAAUUCAAUCUCCAACUCUGCAGACUUCUUCUUGUUAAGAUAAGGAACAUGUUCCUUUUUAAUUUUUUUUUUUAACAUCUUUUUUAUUUCUUGUGUAUUUUUUCAAUUCUUGCUUUGACUCUUUGUUUUUUCUUUCCCCUUCCUUGUUGAAGGGAUACAUACUAAUUAUUUUUUAUCAUAGGAAACAGAAAGAAAAUAAAUUUGAGUGAUAUUAUCAGAAUAGCUGGUUGAGCAUGUGACUUUUGUUUCUCUGUUUUUUCUUCCUUUGACUGUUGGUUCUGAGUAGUGUCUAGUGCCGCAUUUCUAUCAAAUUUGGGAGACAUGAAUAUCAGUGAAGAUUUGGUAAAAGGAAAAUGAGAUCUUGGUUGGCAUAAUUGAGCUGCUUUUACCCUUUACAGAAGAAUAAAGUUGAGAAUCUUGUGAAUGAAUUGAAGCCACAUUAUUCUACCUUGUCCUUUACAAUUCUGUUUAUCGUUGUUCACUGUAAAGUUUCAAAAAACUGGAAACAAGUACUCAACAGGAUAUGAUUUACUUCCACUUCCUUUGAAUUUACACAUAAUCAAGCUUCUGCUACCACUUUUAGGCUCAGUUGAGUCACUUUCUAACACUUUCAUAUCAGAAUCAUAGAGACCAAGGUUAACAAUUUUAAAUGAUGUUAUUGUCCUUGGUCCCUGAAUUCUGUAAUCUACACGCAAAAUUCAAUGAUUGCUACCAUUGUCUGUAACAUGGUAAAAGAUAGAAAUAGCUUUGUUAGGUAGAACCAAUGAUCUACUGUUCUGGCACAUCUUCUUUCACCUUU